UCCCCCUCCCCUGCGGUGGCGCUCCCGGUGCAUUGUGGGAGCAGUCCGUUGUUCAUUUGCCAUUCGACCUGAUCCGGGGCCUGUUGGGACGGAAGCGCCGCCGAGCCGGAUCCAUUGUGGGGAGCCUGCGGCGGUGAUCUAGGCCAGAGCCGGGGGGGGGCCGGACUUCGCCUCGCCCGGCCGCCCGCCCCCCGUUUCCCGCUGCGCCCGCGGCAGGCCGGCGUCUCCUUCCCCCUGCGCGCGGGCAGAGCCGCCGCCGGGCGGGCGGGCGGGGAGCGGCGGCGCGCGGCGGCGGCGAGGGGCGCGAGGCGGGCGGGGGGCGCGCGCGCGCGCGCCAUGUUCGCGGAGAUGAACCGCCGGACGCUGGCGUUCCGUGGCGGCGGCCUGGUCACCGCGGCGGCGGCGGGCGGCGGCGGCGCCGCGGGCGCGAGCGGCGGCGCCGGCGCGGGCGAGGCCUGGGACCGGCAGGACCCCGAGCAGCUGAACGGGCGCGGGGCGGACGAGGAAGUGGAGCUGGAGGGGCUGGAGGCCGAGGAGCUGGAGGCUGCCGCCGCUGCCGACGAGAAGGAGCUGCUGCUGCUGCCGCCGCCUCAGGACGCGGUCUCGCCGCCGGCCGCCAGCGGCCCCAUGUUCGCCGAGAGGAACCGCCGGACACUGGCCUUUCGGGGCGGCGGGGGGCUCCUCACCGGCCCCUCCGCCGCUAACAAUGGCUGCGAGGCCUCGGCCUGGCCGCGGAAGCACUUCAAUGGGCGGGGGGCGGACGAGGAGAUGGAGCUGGAGGGCGCGGAGGGCCUGGAGCCGGAGGCCCUGCUGGAGGGCAAGGAGCUGGUCCAGGACGGGGGCUCCCUGAGUGACAGCAGCGACGACGAGGAGGACGGCGAAGGGGGCAGCCUGGGCGACGGCAGCGGCGCCGAGGGCGGCAGCUGUAGCAGCAGCAGGCGGUCCGGGGGCGACGCCGGGGACGAGGCGGAGGGCAGCAGCGUGGGCGCGGGGGAGGGGGAGAGCAUCAAGCAUUUCCCGUUAGCCAGGCCCAAGUCGCUGCUGCAGAAGCUGCACAUCUCCUUCCAGGGCUCCUGGCUCAAGGAGUUCCCAUGGCUCCACUACUGCCAGGAGACCGGCCUCAUGUCGUGCGCCUGGUGCACCGCCGCCGCCCCCGCCGCCGAGCUGCCCGCCGCCCCCGCCCCCGCCGGGCCCGCGGCCGGAGGGCACGACGAGCUCUGCAAGGGCACUCGCAACUACAAGCGGGCCCUGCUGCUGCGGCACCACCUUUCCGCCGAGCAUCGCCUAAACGAGCCCGUCAGCGCAGAGCAGGAGUCAGAAUUGCCAUCAGAACUGAACAAUGAAGGAUACUGUGAUUAUAACAGCAGGCCAAAUGAGAACUCUUACUGCUAUCAGCUCCUGCAAGAACUAAAUGAGCAGAGGAAGAAAGGCAUUCUUUGUGAUGUCAAUAUUGUGGUGAGUGGGAGGGUCUUCAGAGCUCACAAGAACAUCCUGGUUGCAGGCAGCCGCUUCUUUAAGACUCUGUAUUGCUUUACAAACAAAGAAAGCCGUAACCAAACCACUGUUACCUAUUUAGAUGUUGUUGCUGUUCAAGGUUUUUCUGUCAUCUUGGACUUCUUAUACUCUGGUAACCUCGUGCUUACGAGCCAAAAUGCUAUUGAAGUGAUGUCAGUGGCCAGCUACCUUCAGAUGACUGAGGUUGUCCAGUCCUGCCGCAAUUUCAUUAAAGAUGCCUUAAACAUAAGUAUAAAAUCAGAAGCUCCAGAGGCUGUCGUAGUGGAUUAUAACAGAAGAUCUGUUAGCAGGGAUGGUAUGUCUCCAAGGGAUCAGAAAGUUGCCAGCUUCUGGGCAACGCGAAACCUUACCAACUUGGCAAGUAGCAUACAGACUGAAAACGAUGGUUACUCUAUUGAUGAGGGCCAAAUUGAAAACUACCAAAUGAAUGACUGCAGCUGGGUCCAGGACAGCUCACCUGAAAUGGCGGAAAAUGAAUCUCAAGGUGAGGGAAAAGUUUUUGUGUGGAAUGACAUGGGCUCACAGGGACAAUCAGUUCAAGAACCUGGAAAAGCAAGAAGGAAAAACCAAACAGCAAAGAGAUUUAUUUAUAAUAUACCACCUAAUAAUGAAGAAAACUCAGAAGAUUGCUCAGUGCUGCAACCAUCAGUCCCAUAUCCAGAAGAAGAUUUGCAAUUUAUUAAGGAAGAAGCAGGUACUUCAAGUGACUUCAAGUACGGACUGCUGCCGGGGACUUCAAGUGACUUCAAGUACGGACUGCUGCCGGGGACUUCAAGUGACUUCAAGUACGGACUGCUGCCAGAAUCUUGGCCAAAAGAAGCUUGGGAAAAUGGUGAUUCCUCUGCUUUAAUCAUGAACAAGUUGAAGUGUCCACACUGUAAUUAUGUAGCCAAAUACAGAAGAACACUAAAGAGACACUUGCUUAUUCACACGGGCGUGAGAUCUUUCAGUUGUGACAUCUGUGGGAAGCUGUUUACUCGAAGAGAGCAUGUAAAGCGACAUUCCUUGGUGCAUAAAAAGGAUAAAAAGUAUAAAUGUAUGGUGUGUAAGAAGAUCUUCAUGCUAGCAGCCAGUGUUGGAAUAAGACAUGGAUCUCGACGCUAUGGAGUUUGUGUAGACUGUGCAGAUAAAUCUCAACCUGGAGGGCAAGAGGGAGUAGACCAGGUGCAGGACACAGAUUUCCCUAGGGAUGAAGAAUAUGAGGAAAAUGAAGUGGGAGAAGGUGAUGAGGAGCUUGGUGAUGAUGUGGAAGAACAGAAUGACCAGUCUCGAUGGGAUGAAUCUGGGGAAGUUUGUAUGCCUCUAGAUGACUGACAGAGCAUAUGGCUUCAGGGUGCCGCAAAUGGACACUGUAUGGAUUGAAUAUUUGAAUUUUUGGACUGAAGGCUUGCAAAAUAUGGUACAGGCUGGAUGGUAGUUAUGUUGCUGUGAAAAAUGUAGGGUCAAAGCCUUAUAGCAAAAAAGGAUUAUUAAUUUUUUAUGAUAUUUGCACAGGACUGUACAGCAUACAACCAUUUGGUUGAAUUAUACAGAGUCCUCACAUCUACAGUCAGUUAUCAAAAGAAAAAUGUAUUUUUUAUUAUUUAUAGGAUAUAGCUAUUUGGGUCCUAUUCAGACAUAGUAGUAACUGUACUUAUUAUGUUACACAUUCAUGUAUCUGUUAACAUGAAUGAAGAAAAUUGCAACUUGGUAUGGAAGUACAAAGACAGCUUCCCCAAAUCCACUCAGUGAACCAGUGAAGCUAAUUUGGGUUGGUGGCUCUUGUUUCCACAAGCAUGUCUUUGCCAUACAGACCUUACCUCUCCCUUACUCUGAUAGGUGAAAGCCAAUCAUUUAAAGAUGCAUCAUGGAUAAUGCCAACACCAUACAGAAAUUUGAUUUUAAAAAUUUUGGCUCUAAGCCAGCACGUGGUAUAGGUGAUAAGCACUGGAGAAGUUAAUAAUGGCAUUAAUUUAGUGUCUGUUUCUUAACGAUUUUGAAUUUUAAAGAAGGUUGUUAUUGUUUCAUCAGUUCCAAAGUAAUCUUGCAGAAAAAAUGACCAAUAACGAAAGUAAUAGCCUGACUAGCGCAUGAGUAACUCUUCUAAUACUUGGUCAGAAGAGAUAGUCAUGCUAAAAAGUAUCAGAUUGUAAUAAAGCUUCCCCUCCCUGCCUCACCCCGCAACCUUUUGACUCCCCUGGUGUAUACCUCAGUCCCACAGAAAAAAAUAAAAAUGCAAGGAAUGGAGAAAGUGUCAUAUUAAACAACUUUUUGGUUGAUAAUUUCUUUCUUGUCCGCUUUUUGGCUAGUUUAUGUGAUAUGCAUUGGACACUAGGCUAUUGUGCCCAUUGUUCGUCAUUAAAAUGAACACAAGAUAUUUUUUAUUCUUUUGUAUUUAAUGGGUUGUUGCUAGUGUUUAAUAUAAACAGAAUACAUUUAACUCGUUGACUUAAUUUGCAGGAACUUUAAAAAAAACAAAAACAAAAAAAUCACAAAAGAAAAAGUCCAAAGCAAAAUAAUGCUUUUUGAGUUGUCUACUUCUCAGAAUGAUAUGCUCCCUACGCUCUUUAUUUCAAAUUUCCAGGAGGCAUUGAAACUUGAAUUUUUGUAGCCAUGCGGAAUUUUUUUUCCUAAACUUAUAAUAUUGUACCAAUGAUUUCAGGCCUCUUUCUUAGGGAGGGGAGGGCGUUACAUCUUUAUCUUUGGCUCCUCUGCUUUGUCUAGCCUAAGGCAAACAAAUUGAAGCAGUCAUUGGAACAAUACAUCUGAUGUACUCUUAUGCCACAAUGAGUAAAUAUGCAGAGCAUUUAUCAUAACACAUAGCUAGGUCAGUGUGACAGUACUGUAUAAAAAGCAAUUGAGGGUCACCAUAUUUUUCAGCUUUGUUUUAAUUUUGAAAUAAGUAUAUUUUUUCCUAUUUUAUAUCAGGUAACUAAAUUAUGCUAGUUGUGUGGAUAACUUUGAACUAUGCUUUGACGGAGAGAAUCAUAAUGGUGCUCCAUCUGAUCAAAGUUGGUAUGUAUUUAAAGAGACGAGCUUUACUGUUGUCCUUUACAUCAGUAAAACAGUAUCAUAAUGUUAAGGCAUUGUAUUUGCCGAUUGCAUCUGAGAAAAGUUGAGCUACAGUUAUUUGGGAAUUAAAUUUUUUUUUUUUAAUCAUCCAUUUGUUUCAUUGGUAGUUUCCACAUCAUUGUAAACCUGACAGAUGAUUAGUUUGUUUUUUUGGGGGGGGAGGGGGGAGGGCAGGGGGUUGCUUUUUUUUUUUUUUUAAAAAAAAAAAAAACACUGAAGAAUACAUCUUAUUCUCAUUGUUCUAGACUGAAAUGAGUAAUGUGUAAUUCUGGUGGGGUCCAAAGUAGAAAUUAGUUGGACAAAGAUGAUAUGAAUGAAAAGUAUUUUAAACAUUAAAGUAAUGUUCUGCUUUGUGAAUAUGUAAGUAUAGCAUAAAGGUUUUUCCAUCCCAUUUAUCCCCUUUAAAAACAUAGUUUACAAUUGGUAGAUCUGUCUAUAUAUAUAUAAAAUAUAUAUAUAUCUGAAAUUCACCUAAAUCUGCUUUAUUAGAAUACUGCUCACUUAAUGCUUAGAAACUGGACCUGGCUCUACAUUCUUAAUGUAUUUUUCUUUUUUGUUUUGUUUUAUUUUCCUCAAGAUAUGAACUUGUUCUCUUGGAACUGAAUCUUCUUUUACUACUUAAAUCAUUUAUGUAUAUCUGGUAAAUUAUGACCAAAUUUGUUGUUAGACUGCAUACAGUAAAUUGAAAUAUACACUUGGUA